AUGCGGGAGGCUGCAGAAGUCCAAAGAAAUGCUACAUUCCUGGAGCAGCAGGCAAGUUUCCCUGGAAAAACUCGUAUCUUCCCAAAGGCAGCCCAGUUAAGUUCCCAGAGGGAUCAGCAGGAAUGGAAAAGUGAAGCUGGGAGGGGCAAGCAAGGAGAUAGGCUGAGUGUGAGAGAGAAAAAAGAAUCCUUCAGGUCCGAGGAGUGUUGGAAGGACCUGCUGGAGGGUCUCUCCUCUGCAGUCACAUGGUUAGCAGGCACCUGCAUGCUGGAGCAUGUGGGCUGGAAGGGCCGCAGCCGAUUCUGCCAGGUAGUGCUGGGCUUCAUCAGAACAACUGCCACCUGCCGCCGCACACGUUCACACAUCGCAAUGGUGGAAUGUGGUACCCACAGGCUAGUUGGAGAGAUGAGAAAGAGAACCAGGGUCUGCAGCCCCAGAUACAGUAGGAAAAGUGACUGCUGGCUGACACCGAGCAUGCAGCUUCGUGCAGAUUCCCGUGGAGUGCACACAGUGACCCUGUGGAGGCUGAUGCUGUAUUAUCAUCAUGCAAAUUUUACAAAUCAGUGCGUGCACAAAAAGAAAAGUCUUUCCGAGAGAUGGAUCCGUCAUCACCCAAGCAUCUCAGCACUUUGCCCCCAGUCAGCCGCUGAAGCCCCAGAAGCCAUCAGUGUGCUGUUUGGAUUAACGUGGGUUUAUAGGAAUUUGUUUGUGGGGGAGAAGUCUGUCAAACAACCGGCACCAGCCCUGGCACUGGAAGCACGUAUUGACACUGAAAUCAAUCAAAGAGAUCAGCUGAAUACAAUUAGGAAUCCAGAAACAGAUCUGCGGGGAAUUCAGAGUGUGACAGAAAUGACAUUUCGAAUUGGUGGAAAAAAGAUUUCUCUCUCUCAUUACCUCACUCAGUCAGCAGAACAGCCUGUAAAAUGGGAAAGCAGGGCAGCUUCAGUCAUCUCCAUUUCUCAGACAAGGAAAUUGAGGUCUGACAGCAAGUGGCUGGCCCUGGUCACAGGCUUCUGGAGCAGGGGUGUGGCUGGACUCCACAGCCCUCCGUUCCUGGUCAGAGGCAUGUUUUGUUCCAUCCGGCUGUCUCUUGGAAUGCUCGCCAGUGUUUCAGUGCCUUCAGCAGUGAACAGCAAAAUGUCAGAUGGUAACCCCAGCACUGAAGAUAAAUCCAGCAAGGGACAUGAAGAUUUAUCUCCUCACCCACUCCCCAGUUCAUCGGAUGGCAUCACCAACCUCAGCCUUUCUGGUCAUAUGGAGCCAGUACAUAUGCAACAAAUUGGAAAUGCUAAGAUAUCAUUAAGCUCUUCCGGAGUUCUGUAGAAUGGCAGCUUGGUACCCACAAGGACUUCACCUGUCUUCCUUAAUGGAAAUUCUUUUAUUCAGGGACCCAGUGUAGUUAUCCUUAAUGGAUUAAAUGUGGGAAAUACACAGGCAGUGGCACUGAACCCACCAAAAAUGUCAUCAAAUGUGAGCAAUGGUAUAUCCAUGACUGACAUACUGGGGUCUACCUCCCAGGAUGUGAAGGAAUUCAAAGUGCUCCAGAGUUCUGCUGCUAACUCAGCAGCCACCACAUCUUACAGCCCCAGUGUCCCUGUCUUACUCCCAGGGCUGAUACCCAGCACUGAGGUGAAAAGAGAAGGCAUUCAAACUGUGGCUUCCCAGGAUGGGGGCUCUGUAGUGACUUUUACUACACCAGUGCAAAUUAACCAGUAUGGGAUUGUCCAGGUCCCCAAUUCUGGAGCAAACAGCCAGUUCCUUAAUGGGAACAUUGGAUUCUCUUCACUGCAGCUGCUCCCUUUGUCAGUGGCAGCUUCACAAGGUAAUAUUUCAGUAAGUUCAAGCAUUUCAGAUGGGAGCACAUUUACAAGUGAGUCGGCCACAAUCCAGCAAGGAAAGGUUUUCUUGAGCUCUCUUGCUCCCAGUGCAGUGGUAUACACGGUUCCUAAUUCAGGCCAGACUAUAGGAUCUGUGAAACAGGAAGGCUUGGAGAGGAGCCUGGUAUUUUCUCAGUUGAUGCCUAUCAAUCAGAAUGCACAAGUAAAUGCAAACCUAUCUUCUGAAAACAUCUCGGGGAGUGGCCUCCAUCCACUGGCCUCCUCGUUAGUUAAUGUAUCUCCAACUCACAGUUUUUCCCUCAGUCCCCCUGCACUACUAAAUCCCACUGAGCUAAACCCUGACAUUGCUGAUAGCCAGCCAACGUCUGCACUGGGGGCAAGCAAAUCUACUGUGACAUCUGUCAGCAACUAUGCAACUCUUCAGAACUGCUCCCUUAUUACUGGUCAAGACCUAAUGUCAGUCCCUAUGACUCAGGCUGCCCUUGGGGAAAUAGUUCCUACAGCUGAAGACCAGGUAGGUCACCCCUCCCCAGCAGUAUAUCAGGAUUUCCGAGAACAUCGUUUGGUUCUGCAAUUGGUAGCUAACAUGAAAGAGAAUUUCUCAACAAAUUCUGAGAGCAAAGCAGCAAGUAGCUUAAUGAUGCUAGAGUCUAAAUCCAAGACUGUCCUAGAGGGCACGGUUGAUACUGUCUGUGGAGACCUGGAAACAGACAAAAUAGCACCUGCCAAGCUCCAGACUGUCCUUGAUGAAGACAUGCAAGACUUAGAAACUUUAUUUCCUCCUCACCUCUUUUUUGGCAUCAGCGGCAAAUUUUUUCAUGAAGCCUCGAGGACACAACACAUUUUCCCAUUUAGAGGAAAACACUCUAGUUUCGCAAGUAUAUGCAUACGAGAGACUUUAGAGUGA